AUGUCAGACGCACCGCCGCCCGAGGAGCAGAAGAAGCUCGAUGCCGCGGCAAAGGCAAAGGAGCAGGACGAGCAGGCUGCGCUGCCUUACAAGUGGGACCAGACGAUCAAGGACCUCGACAUUACCGUCUCAGUCGAGUCCAAGUACAAGGGCAAGGAUCUGGACGUCAAGAUCGGCAGGAACACGCUGAAGGUUGGCAUCAAGGGCCAGGAGCCCGUCAUCGACGGCGAGCUCCCCCACCCCAUCCGUGUCGACGAUUCCACCUGGACCCUGAGCACCUCGGCCACAGGCAAGGACAUUGAAAUCCACCUCGACAAGGUCAACCAGAUGGAGUGGUGGCCGCACGUCAUCACCUCGGCCCCCAAGAUCGACACCAGCAAGAUCCAGCCCGAGAACAGCAACCUGGGCGACCUCGACGGCGAGACGCGCGGCAUGGUCGAGAAGAUGAUGUUCGACCAGCGCCAGAAGGAGAUGGGCAAGCCGACGAGCGACGAGCAGAAGAAGCUGGACAUUCUCGAGCAGUUCAAGUCUCAGCAUCCGGAGAUGGAUUUUUCAAACGUCAAGAUGGGUUGA